CCGUCCCCGGAAACACUUUCUUCCUACGCCGUCGCUGCCGCUGCUGCCGCCGUCGCUGGACCUUUGCCUCUCUAGGCCGGUAGGGCUUCUCCUCCAUGGUCCUGUCUGUCAUCGCGGUUUGGGGGGCCAGCCGGUGAGACUGGGCCGCGCUCGGACGCUUCGACCCUCGAGUCCGUCACCGGUGCCAGGGCGGCCCCGGACCCAUGGCGCGGCGGCGCUGACCCAGGCCCCGGGUGGCGGCCGGGCCCCAAGGGCCGGCAUGGCGGGCCAGUUCCGCAGCUACGUGUGGGACCCGUUGUUGAUCCUGUCGCAGAUCGUCCUCAUGCAGACCGUCUAUUACGGCUCGCUGGGCCUGUGGCUGGCGCUGGUGGACGGGCUGGUGCGCAGCACCCCCUCGCUGGACCAGAUGUUCGACGCCGAGAUCCUGGGCUUUUCCACCCCACCAGGCCGGCUCUCCAUGAUGUCCUUCAUCCUCAACGCCCUCACCUGUGCCCUGGGCUUGCUGUACUUCAUCCGGCGAGGGAAGCAGUGUCUGGAUUUCACUGUCACUGUCCAUUUCUUUCACCUCCUGGGCUGCUGGUUCUACAGCUCCCGUUUCCCCUCGGCGCUGACCUGGUGGCUGGUCCAAGCCGUGUGCAUUGCACUCAUGGCUGUCAUCGGGGAGUACCUGUGCAUGCGGACGGAGCUCAAGGAGAUCCCCCUCAACUCAGCCCCUAAAUCCAAUGUCUAGAAUCGGGUCCUUUGGACACCCGGCUGGGCACUUGGCCCCACCCCCCAACACCUUGGGCUGCUCAGACCCUCCAGUCGAGGUCCAGCCCAGGUCUGAGAGGAACCCUGGAAAUGUGAAGUCUCUGUUGGUGUGGGAGAGAUAGUGAGGCCCCAUCAAGAAGGCAGGUAGCAGUCAGGACCACAACUGCAAGAAUGGCCUCUGUCGGCUGAAGCCUUGCUGUCUGGGAGGUCAGCAAGGGGACCUCUGUCAGGGUAAUAACAGAAUUGGAACCAUGUCAUUCUUGAGCCACCAUACCUGUCACCAGCCUGUUAUUUUAAAAAAGAACCAAAUCAAGGAUAUCUGAUUGGCGCAAACCACUCUUCUAGUCAUCUGUCUUACCUUCCAGGGACAGCUGUUACCUUUGCCAUGUUGCUGAACUGCAGCUAUUCUGUUUGGAGAAACGUGCAGUUUCUGGAUCUGUAGCCACAGAAAGAGAAAGAGGUGCAAAGUAUUAGGCUGCUGUCAGGGAGAGGACGAGCAGAUGGAGGCAUCAAGCACGAGGAAAACGCACAACCUGUGUCCUGCCACACGCCUGUGUGUGCACACCCAUGAACCCAUGACUGACUUUUUUCCAGUUCUCUCUGCUGGGUCCCCACCUGCUGCCAGCGUUCAACAGAGCAGGCCCUAGGACCCAGAGAAGAGUCCCAGCAUCGCUCCUGGUCCACCCCUCGUGACAGAGUCACUGUCUCUUCUCUAGGAAUGACUAGGCACCCCAGCUCCCUCCAGACCUCACUUCUGGCAAUAGUUCCUUUUUCCUGCCUUCCUGGGAAUUCUGCGGUGGGAAGGGUAUGAUGGGUACCCAGAGACAGGAAGCCCCGCCUUCCAACUUGGGUUGCGCUGAUAGUGCUGAGGGAGAUAGGAAUUUGCUGCUAAGAUUUCUCUUUGGGGUGGCAUGUCCUCUGUGAGGGGCUUGCAGCUGUCCCUCCUACGUACAUAAAUACAGUAUUUUCCACGGUUC